AUGGAGCAAGACGAGCGCGAGGUCCCUGACCAGCCCGAGGGGAAGGAGAAGGAGCAGGGAGGCGGUGCUCCGGUGCCGGGCGGGGUGGCCGGUGCCGAGGGCGGCCUGGCGCGCGGGGCCGCGUCAUCGGAGCAGGAGGGCGUCUCGGGGGCGGGCAAUGACGACUACCAUGCCGCUGCUGGAUCGGAGAGCGACGAUGAAGAGGAUGUUGAGGCGAUCUUUACUUCGGAAGCUUUGACGGAGGAGUUGGAAGGGGUCGCUCCGGCGAGCAAUGCUGGUCGUGGCAAUGCGCCGGGGACGGGGAGUGGCCGGAACGAAGACCUUUACUUCGAGCUUCGAGGGUUUCGACCGGCCAGGCGAGCGGUCGCGCACGCGAUGCCGCCGUCGUCCUACCGCCGCCUGCCACUCCGAAGCAGGAAGCAGUACAGCCCGACCCGCUUCAUCUUUGCGGGAGACGCGGCGUCGGGCAUCGCCAAUGCUCAUGAUCCUGGCACGUCAGAAGCAGCAAGCGGCCCACUGCCCACCGCCAGCCUCGGCUCAACGUCGGCGACGUCGCGAUCCGCCGGUGUCUCUGCAUUGGCCAAUGCCGGGCAUGGCGCCAAGAACGAAGCGAUGGUCUCGACGGCGACGAGACGCUCUGAGAUUGACGUUGCGGUUGACAAGUCGUGCUCCGACGAUCACAACACCGAGUCGAAGGAUGUGGAAGCGACGCGGGCAUCCUCGUCAUGCCGCCAUCCUUCUCGUGGCAGGAAGCAGCGCCGCCCUGAUCGCUGCAUCUCCGACCCCGAGGAAGAAGCCGGGGCCACAGCCGCAGCCCGUGCGGCCGUGCCAAGGCUCGUCGGGAGGCCGGAGUGGGUGAGGAAUGUCACGGCCGACGAUGUCGGCGUCCAGGGGCAGCGCGACAGCAAUGUCUCCAGGACGGCGUCAGGGGGCGGUCCAGAAGGGCAGCCUGACGGGGGCGCAAGGAUUCUCGCCAUCGUGGCCAUUCUCGGGGCUUCCCUGGCGCUCAGCUUGGUCUCGUGCGUGCUCUUCUACAACGUCGGUCAAAGAACAGCCUCUGGGUUCGACACGCACCAGGAGAAGUGA